GAGAGGCUGCUUGCUCUGCCUUUCUACCUGACAAAAAACAAGAGUAUGCUGACAUUUCUCUCCCCACAGUUUCAUUUACAAGAAGAGUAACUGAAACAGGUUUGAGGACAUCUGCAUGGAACAGUGUUAACAGUCCAGCAAACCCACGUCUCCUUGGCUAUACGCAGACGGAUCAACCCUGGAUAACCACCUGUUUGGACACUUUACACACUAACUCCCUCAGGGGGUUGUUGAGGUGAUGGAGGCAAAGGAACACUGGUUCCUGCCAGGGUUUCUGGUUCUUGCUAUGGUAAUAGCUCAAGGGACAACUAGUAAAUAUCUUUCUAGUCUUCAAUGCUACAAGAAAACUGAAAAAGCUACCACCUAUACAUGUGAAUGGACGAAGUAUGGGUCUAUGCAAAAUGCCACCUAUGAGCUUUUUUACAAGCGCUCCAAUUCUACGGAAAAUAAAAAAUCAUUGGGCAAAAAUCAGCAGAGCUAUAUCUUUGUGAAUGACGAUAAAGUGCUCGAAAAAGUGCCCGUGGAUCUAUGGGUGGUUGCUUAUAUGGGCAACUGGAGCUGCCAGUCACUCAGUAUCUCUGUUCGACUGAAUGAAAGUGUUAAGUAUGAAGCGCCCCAAAAUAUGUCUAUGUCAAGAUCCUCAAGUAAUCUUACCCUCAGCUGGGUUAACAAGGAAGAAGUGAAAAAUCACAUGCCAGAAGAUGUUGUAUUAGAGGUCAAGUUCAGAAGAUUAGAGAAAACCUCUGGGAUAUGGAACACAACUGAAACAGAAGUCAAACAAGCCAUGGUCACUCUGGAGAAUCUCCAGAACCAAUACAUGUACCAACUGCAGGUCAGACAAAAGUCCAAGCAUGUCAAACGUCCCCUGUGGAGUGACUGGACUCCAAUCUUGGACGUUCCCACUGAAAUCCAAAAUCCCACAGAGGUUAAGUGGACAGUGGAGGAUUUUAACAAUGGUACCCGACUCCUCAAUCUGACUUGGGGUACACCACCUUAUCCAGUCUCUGUGGGACAGGUGAAUUACAACCUCUCUCUCCAUAUUUGGCCUUGCCAACUAAAGCAAAAGAACCACACCAAUAUCACUACCACUGAGUUUAGUGUUUAUGUGACUUACUCUGCUGUCAGUGGUUACAUUUAUGCCUUUAAUAAGGUGGGAAAGUCAUCGCAGACACAUAUCCUUGUCCCAGCAAAACAUCUUACAUAUCCCAGGAAGUCUUGGCCUGAUGACAAACUCAUCCCACACAAUUAUACCCCUCGCCUUAAAAAUUCCUGUCUGGAAUGGUACAAGCUAACAGACGGAGAAACACAACCAGCCAAAGUGAAUAUAUCAAAAAUUAUGAAUGGAACAGUGGAGGAAACACUCAAAUCUAUCAGACAAAAGAUGGACGACUAUGUACGUUACUUUUACCUCGUUCACAAACAAACUGAUGGAAAGCCACAAACAACAGAAAUGCGUCUCAUGUACAAAAAAGAGGGUGCAGCUAGUAAGGCACCUGAGAAUUUCACUGUUAAUGUAGUAACCAACUCUGCAGUGCUGCAUUGGAAACCUAUUCCUGUGCAAGACCAGCAAGGCUUCCUUACACACUACGAAGUCUGCUACACAAGAGGCCAAAAUAAUGGGGCCCACAUUGAAAUAAAAAAGUGUCACAACAUUUCAGCAUCAAAAACAGAGUACCUUAUUCAAAACCUGACACCUGAGUCCGAAUACAAUAUCUAUCUUGCUGGAGCAACAGCUGCAGGCUCAGGACGAAAUAUAUCUAUCCAUAUCUUGACAAAGCCUCAACACAAGUCCAUUACUGGCUGGAAGAUAGCUGGCAAAAUUGUUUUAAUUGCAAUAUUAAUAACAAUAUGCUUAUUUAUCAUCAAGAGACAUAAAAGCAAGAUCUUCCCACCAAUACCACGUCCUAUGGUCGCAGAGUCCAAGAACUAUCGAGCGAGUACUCAGGACAUGUAUGAGAUUAAGGAAGAGGUGCAUGAGCUGCAGCUACAUGACAAGAGCAGCCAAGAUCCCAACCCUGAGGAAGCCACUCUCCUGGAGGUAUGUGAAGACGAGAACGAGAAGAGCCUUGGAGACUCCAGCACACCAGAUGGAGUCAGUGACCCACUGACCUCUGAUUUUAAGGGCCAGGUGUUAAGUUUAGAAACCGCCGAUCCAAGCCAAGGAGAGAUUGACUGUGAAGUCACCAUGCUGAUGUAUAGGAACGGUCUGGUCUUUGAUAUGAAGGCAGACUCCACCGAGGAUGUCGGGACGCCACUGUAGACAUCACUGCGGUAGCACUUACUUAAAGACUGUAAUUAAAAUGCAUUAUGGUGCAUUAUAAGACGUGUCAUAACUUAAGCAUGCAAGACCCCCUUAACAUGGUGUAUUGUAGUUUCCUAUUGAUCCUGAGUAAAUAACAGCCAUUUUGAGUCAGUUGAGAAACAUGACAUAAUAUAAUUACGCAAUAAGGCCCGAGGGGAUGUGGUAUAUGGCCAAUACCAUGGCUAAGAGCUGUUCUUAGGCAUAACACAGCACCCUUAGCCAUGGUACAUUGGCCAUAUACCACAUACCCCUGAGGUGCCUUAUUGCUAUUAUAAACUGGUUAUUAAGAUCAUUAGAACAGUAAACAAGUAAUUUUGUGUCAUACCUGUGGUUUUCAGCCAAUCAGCAUUCAGGGCUCGAACGACCAGGUUUAUAAUAAUCCUUAUAAUAACACAUUAUAAAAGGUUCAUACAUGUUCAUAACAACUUAUAAAGAAUUAUAUCUACAGACUUUAAGUAAAGUGUUACCAAUACUGCUAGGGGCCUGUGACGGUGGCCUGGCUGGGCCGUUUAGCACUUUGCCUGUUCAAAUGACCAGGCUAAUUCAUUGACAGAUUAUUACUGUAGAUAUAAAUAGUUUGCAUUGACGUGAGCGGCUUGAAAAAGUAUUUUUUGAGAUGUACCUUGUUAGCAAUAAGGACUGUGUUGAUUUGUGUUGUCUUCUACAAUGUAGAAAUGCCUUGGAAUAGUACUGAAUAAUAAUUAAUUUUAUCAUUAUAAUGUUAUAUUUAAAGGCCUUCUAUAGUGAGUAAAAGUAAACCUUCUAAAGUGAGUAAGUAAAAAUCAUACAGGGGUAGUAGACAACAAGUGAAACUGAAGUGUGAACUUCCCUUGCUAGAACUUUUACUCAGUAGGCUAGACAGGAAGUGGUGAGACACAGAACACUGGCCUAAAACCAACCUCUGUAUGUACAUUACCAGGGUGACAAUAUUGCUGACUCAUUCAUGUUUAUGGUUGUUAGUGUUUCAUCUCAACCUACUUAGGAAAUGGAAAAUAAAAUGUUUCUGAUGACGGUGUUCACCUUCCAAAAAAAAUAUUUGUAUUUUCUUUAAGGCGUGAAUUCUGAAUUCAGAGAAUGGCAUGUGUCUCAGAAUGAAUAGGUGUUUUAAAAGAACAUCCAAAUAGCAUAUUUAAUCUUGUAGACCUGUGUAUUUAACCACACAUCAGAUGAAGAUGAUAGUGUGUAUAUACACACACUAUCUAUUGUGGGACAGAUUCUGGUCAGAUUUGGGUUACUAUUGUGAACCACAAACAUGGUACAUUGAAUCAUAAUGGGAUCUAACCACAAUGUUCACAGAAGUUAAAGCAAAAAAGCAUCACAAUCAUUAACGUUAUGACAACGCGUAAUAUAUUUGAACUACUGGUAUAUUCAUUGCCACUAAAGGGACCCAUAGUAUUAACAAAUUGCAAACUUGAACCACAACAAGAUCAGAAAUGAUUUUGAAAUAAAUGUUUACCUGGUUUUGAUUGUGGAUGUCUGGAUGUGUUCAGAUGACCAUAGUUGUGUGGUGAACAAAAUGUAAUAAAAUUCUGUUAAUUCACUUUUUUCAGGCUUGAUAGCAACCUGUCCACAUACACAGUGCCUAUCAAGUUAAAGUUUAUUUUGUCACAUGUACAGUAGUGAAAUGCACAACUUGCACGCCCUACCCAACAGUGCAGUAUUCAAUACAAAAAAGGACAGGAUAGGUAAUAAUCAAAUAUAUAAAAACCACGAGAAAAAAGAGAGGAAGCCAUAUACAGGGUCAGUGUGCAGGGAUACUGGAGUAUUGAGGUAGAUGUAAAUAUGUAGGCAGCCAUUAGGAGAAAGUGACUGGUAACAGCAUUAAUAAUAAUAACAAUAGUAAACAGCAUAGCAGCAGCAUAAGUGGUGAGUGAGUGCCUGCGUGGUGGUGAGAGUGUCUAUGUAAGUGUGAGUGUGUGGGUGAAUGUGUCUACGUGAGUGUGUGGGCGAGUGUCUAUGUAAGUGUGAGUGUGUGGGUAAGUGUCUAUGUAAGUGUGUCUACAUGAGUGUGUGGGCGAGUGUCUAUGUAAGUGUGAAUGUGUGGGUGAGUGUGUCUACUUGAGUGAGUGUCUAUGUAAGUGUGUCUACAUGAGUGUGUGGGCGAGUGUCUAUGUAAGUGUGUCUACAUGAGUGUGUGGGCGAGUGUCUAUGUAAGUGUGAGUGUGUGGGUGAGUGUGUCUACGUGAGUGAGAGUGUGUGGGUGAGUGUCUAUGUAAGUGUAUCUACAUGAGUGUGUGGGUGAGUGUCUAUGUAAGUGUGAGUGUGUGGGUGAGUGUGUCUACCUGAGUAUGUGGGUGAGUGUCUAUGUAAGUGUGAGUGUGUGGGUGAGUGUGUCUACGUGUGGGUGAGUGUCAGUGUAAGAGUAAUAGGUGGAUGGAUAUACAUGUAAACAGGGCUGAAAAGUGACUGGUAGCAGGAAUAUAUAAAUACUUAUGGUAAAAUACCUAUGGUAUAUACUGUAUACAUGUAAACAGGCGUAAUAGUGACCAGUAGCAGGAUAAAUAGAUAGAUACUAAUGGUCAUGGCAAUCAAUAGUCAAUGAACAGCAGUGUAGUGCCAUUAAUAAGUCUAAUCAAUAAUCAUUUAGUGUUAUGACCAGGGGAUAGAAGCCUGGUGUCUGUUGGUCUGAGCUUUGAUGCACUGGUACAGCCUGCCGGACAGGAGCAUGGAGAACAGUCCAUGUCUCAGUGGGCUGGAGUCUUUGGCAAUUUUUCUGGUCUUUCGCAGACACCCCCUAGCAUGUACGUGCUGGAUGGCUGUGAGCCCACCCCCUGUGUGACCAUCCCCACCACCCUCUGUAGGGCUUUUUGGUUGAAGGCAGUGCAGUUGCCAUACCAGACAGAUGGUGCAGCUGUAAAAGUUCCUAAGGAUCUUAGGGGCCCUGCCAAAUCGUUUCAGCCUCCUGAGGGAGAAGGGACACUGCCGUAUCAUACUAGAAUAUAAAUGUGACAAAGAAAAGAGCCAUGUCAGAAGAAUGUAACCAUUGUCACAUCUGCUCCUGCAACGCCCUCUACUGCUCAUCCUGUGUCUCCUUGACCUGCCGCCACUCCCCCAGUACUCUCUCCCUCUCUCUCUCUCUCUCUCUCUCUCUCUCUGUGUGUGUGUGUGAUUGUGUGGGUGGAGACAGGUGUGCUGGAGUCAGAGCAGAUCCCCACCAGCUGCAACCUGUUCCAUAAUCAAGACCUCUACAAAUACUCAGCACCUGCCACUUCCACA